AUGCCUUUUUGUGACUCUGCAGGCUUUCAUUUUCGACGUCGUUGUUUUAUUAUUAUUUUUCUCCUCACAACGGGCUUUCUGUGCCUCCGGCAAAGCGCACUGCUCAGUUCGGCCAGCAAAAGGCCACAGGUCAAUGAUCGAAGAAUUCUGGAAAGCAAAACAGUGAAUGUUUUGCCUGGUGCUAUGCCGCCUCUCGUGCAAAAUACCGCAGCGAAAGCAGUUGAAACUAAGGAAAAUUCGCCGGAUAUUCACUUGUUUUCCCAGACAAAUCGGCCAAUAUUGACGAGCCUGGCUCAUGAGCAUUUCAAGGUUUCAUCAUCAGCGGAAGGCGAGCAGAAACCGAUGGUUGUUGACAACAACGAGCAAAACAUUAUUGCGGUUGUCCUGGUAAUUGCUGCGAAGAGGGACCUUGCUAUUAAAAAUCAUUUACAACAACUGAUCAAGUAUGUUCUUCACUACUUCACAUUUGAGUAA